UGUGUGAUCUCCUGUUAUCUCUGGAUGACAGAGAGCAUUGCACUCUUAGAUGCCUCCUGCUUUUAGACUCUGUGAGAGAAUCACAGUGCACACUGUGUGGUGAACCAGAAGACCAGCAGUAUUCAUGGUCGCCCUCGCAGUACUUCGAUGAGGACAGCUACUCUCCUCCACCCAGGAACAUGAAGGGUCUCUCUGGUGGCCGCCCUCCCCAGCUCCAGCUCACAUCCCCCACCUCCGCUCACACCUGUGGUCUGGCUGAAUGUGAUCACGCCUUAGACCACCAUCUCCACCAUGGUGAAUCACGGUCUCCCUCAUACCUCCUCAGCCCCACCGAGAGCUACCCCCUUGAUGGUCACCACCGUUGCUCCCCAAGGAGCUCCAUCCACUCUGAGUGCAUGAUGAUGCCGGUGUCCUUAUCAACCACCGACCACUCCAUCUCCAGUAGCACUUUCCCUCGCAUGCACUACGGAAGCGCUUCACGGGACAGCGGUGGAAACACUUCUGGCGGCAGGGAUUCCCGAGACGAUGGUGGCUCAUCCUCACACGGUGGCAGUGGGAAAAUGAACCGAAUCCCAGCAAACCUCUUGGACCAGUUUGAGAAACAGAUGCCGCUGCAUCGGGAUGGUUUCCACACGUUGCAGUACCAACGCACGGCCACCACCACUACGACUACAGAGCAGCGUAAUGAAAGCCCCGGGCGAAUCCGCCACCUCGUUCACUCUGUACAGAAACUCUUUACAAAGUCACAUUCCUUGGAAGGUUCUUCCAAGAUGAAUGGCACCAAAGGCGACUCGCACAGGGACGGUUCGCACCACCACCAUCACCACCACCAGGGUCACCACAAACACAGCAAACGCAGCAAGAGCAAAGAUCGUAAAUCUGAAAGCUCUGGGAAACAGCGCUCCGGAGGAUGGUGGAGUUCAGAUGACAAUCUUGACAGUGACAGCACGUACAGAACACCGAGCAUCAUGUCCCGCCAUCACGUGGACCACAUCAGCCACUGUUACCCCGACUCAAUGCACGGCCACCUAGCGGGAGACCUGUCGCUUAAAACGUCCAAGAGCAACAACGACGUCAAAUGCUCCGCCUGUGAGAGCCUAAGCAUGGCACCUGAGGGCAAGUUCAUGAAAAGGAGCUCCUGGUCCACGCUGACGGUCAGCCAAGCCAAGGAGGCCUACAGGAAGUCCUCUCUCAACCUGGAGAAGCCCAUGACACCCACCGACCUCAAGUCUAACCUCAGGCCGUGUAACUAUCUACAGGUGCCCCAGGAUGAAUGGGGAGGUUAUCCUAGUGGUGAGAAAGAUGAUGAGAUCCCUUGUCGUCGGAUGCGGAGCAGCAGCUAUGUCAAAGCCAUGGGGGAUGAGGAGAGCGGAGAGUCAGACUCCAGCCCUAAGACAUCGCCUCAGAAGUCGGUGCGGCCAGACGCCCUGGUCAAGGCGAUCAUUAGACCCAGAGAAUUGCUGGACACCCAGAGUCAGAGUUACCACAUGCAAGGCAGGGAAAUACACCCCAGCCUUGCCUUGGAUCCCUCCACCAACUACAACUCUCCCAAGUUUCGCUCCAGGAACCAGAGCUACAUGCGAGCCGUCAGCACACUCAGUCAGGCUAGCUGUGUUAGCCAGGUGAGUGAAACAGAAAUAAAUGGCCAGUUUGAGUCUGUGUGCGAGUCGGUGUUCAGUGAGGUGGAAUCCCAGGCCAUGGAGGCUCUGGAUCUACCCGGCUGCUUCAGAACCCGGAGCCACAGCUACCUGCGAGCCAUCCAGGCCGGCUACUCCCAAGAUGACGACUGCAUCCCACCUAUGGCGUCCAGCGUCACCUCCACCGUCAGGUCAACCACAGGGAUCCAGUUCUGCUUCCCCUCCACCUGCAGCAUCGAUUGGAGUCCUCAGCCAACCCCAGCCAUCACUUACACCCCGAGCUACAAGAAGACCCCUCCUCCGGUCCCGCCCCGUACCACCUCCAAGCCCCUCAUCUCCAUCACGGCCCAGAGCAGUACUGAGUCCACUCAGGACGCCUACCACGACGAGAGACACUCUCGUGGCGGGAUGUGGGCCCCUGACGGCCUCAGCCUGGGGCUGGGCCCAGGUAGGACCCACUAUAACUCCACCGAGAGCCUGGACAGCGCCAAGGCCGUGAGUAUAGCCAUGGAGGCGGCCGGAGUCAUGGCCGGGAAGAGACACCCAUCCACCGACUCUCACACCUCGGUGCUCACGUGCGACAAGGCCGUUCUGGUGUCCAAGGCUGAGGAAUACUUGAAAACACCUCGAUCUUCGAUAGGGAUACAGGUGGAAGCAGCCACAGACUCUGAGUCUGAAAGCAGAGGCUCACGCGAGUACCACUCAGUUGGGACCCAGGUAGAGGAUGACAAGAAAGGAAAGGGAAGGUUCAAACGCUCCAACAGUGUGACCGCAGCUGUGCAGGCUGACUUGGAGCUGGAGGGCUUUCCGACGAUGGAGGACAAGGGCCUGCAGUUUGGGGGGGGCUUCCAGCGUCACUCGGAGCCCAGCACACCCACCCAAUACGGAGCGGUGCGUACCGUUCGCACGCAGGGCCUCUUCAGCUACCGCGAGGAUUACCGCACCCCCGCUGAGCCCCCCAGUCCUCGAGAGACGAUCAGCGAGAGCACGUGGCAGCUAGAACCCCCCUCCUCUCGGGAGAGUGCCACCUCACCAGGUGAGACGGGGAGGGUGUCCCCUUCCCUCCGGAGGGAUGGGAGCUGGUUCAUGCAGCUGCUCCACACCGAGACCAAGAGGAUGGAGGGCUGGUGUAAAGAGAUGGAGGCAGAAGCUGAGGAGAACGAUCUGUCAGAGGACAUUCUAGGUAAAAUCCGAAGUGCGGUGGGGAGUGCUCAGCUGCUCAUGUCUCAGAAAUUCCAGCAAUUCUACUGGCUGUGUCAGCAAAACCUGGACCCCAGUGCCAUGCCGCGACCCACCUCUCAGGACCUGGCCGGCUUCUGGGACCUGCUGCAGCUCUCCAUCGAUGACGUCAACCUGAAGUUUGACCAACUGCAGCAGAUCAAGAACAACAACUGGAGGCCCAUUGAUAGUCCAGAGAAGAAGCCACUAGCUCCUGUACCAAAGAAGCCAGUUCGACAGAGGAGUGCAGUGAUGAGGGAGAAAUCCCUGGACCUUCCAGACAGACAUCGGCAGGAGGCCCGCCGACGGCUCAUGGCCGCCAAGCGGGCAGCCUCAUUUCGGCAGAACUCUGCCUCAGAGCGAGCGGACAGCAUCGAGAUAUAUAUCCCAGAGGCUCAGACUAGACUUUGAGAAAAUGUAGGGUCAGGGGCCGACACGUCUCCCUGCUCCCGCGUUCUAACAACUUUACAACUAGCCUUUUUUCUAGAUUGCUACUCUCCUCCUUUAUCCAUUUGUUGUCUGAUAGCCAUCCUCAGUGCCCAUCGCCAACACCACUGGACUGUAGGAUGUGCCAAGGCUCUUCUCACAUCGCCCAAAACAUAUGUCUGGCAUGGGUUGGUUGGAUUUUUGUCUUGGUGUGCUGGUGAUCAUGAUACCAGGCUUACGAGCUCUCUCAUGUCAUGGAUGGGUACAUCUGUAGUUUUUCAGCAUUUGCAAAGUGCCAUUUAAAAAGUGCAGCUUUGAGAACCUACCAGCAACCAGGCCUUCGUGCUAAAAAUUAGUAAAUAUGUUUAUUUCAAGAUGUUCAAAACUGAUCAAACCCUUGAGUAUUUUUCAAUCUUUUAAGAUCCGUUUCUUUCCUGCCCUCUUUCAGAGGGUUAACCACGAGCUAAAUAUCACUAAUUUGUUGUAAGUUCUAAACUCUGCAAAGUGCCAAUGCUUGAAAUACCUCAACUACAUGCACGUGACACCAGUCACCCAUUCAAGGUUAUUCAGGCAGCCACUAAUAAGCUCUGGACUGGUCAGUGUUGAAAAAUGCAGCUUUCUACCCAAUCUGGUUGUAGUCAACCAUUCUUCAUGGACGGGAUUGGCGGAGGAACGACAUCUGUCGGCACAUCAACAUGCACCUUCCACACAACUUUCCUAUAUAUCUCAUGUUGGCAACUUUCAAAUGUUUACUUGAAGCUAAAACAUGCAAGUCUUGUGCCAACAUUUCCAUUAUGUCAAUGCAGUAGAGAAAAAAAAAUGAUGAAGGUUUAUGUAACCCCGUAGAUCAAAAUGUAUAGACAAAUGCACUUA